UUAAUUUUUUUUGUUUUUCGUUGUAAUUUGGGAAUGCGUUCAUGUUUGACGUCAAACGAGACUGCUAAUCGAAACAACCGAAUUACCACAAAAACAGGAAGGAGUCAUAGAAGAUACGUUUGCAGAUAGCAUAGUCUUAUUCCGAGGCCUGCCCUGUUCCUUAGCUGCAAUCAAUAAAUGACAGGCAGUUGUUACUAUGGCCGCUCUUCAACACGCGAAAUUAUGGCAAGAUGGAGGUUGCACUUGUCGAAAAACGAGAGCUCCAAAAAUCGGCGAUAUUCCAAGGCAUACCGCGGUGGAUGUGGAAUUAAAACCAUCAACAACGGACCCACCGCCACCGGAUUCUUUAUAUCCACCACCGCCGCCUUUCCAGUCUCCCGCCACUCCUACCCGGUCCAGUGAUGUGACCCGAUCCGAGCCGAACCUAAACGGUUCACAUCCCGAACCUGUGAUAUUACAAGCAGUGCCUUCCCUAAAAAAUCUUUCGGAACAUUGUCUACCUGAUAAAAUCUCCAAAAUGCACGUUAAAGGUGCCCUUAACCACAGACUGCUGUUACAAUCGAAAAGUUUCGGUGUCGACAACGCACGUCCUAUUUACCCAAACUGCCCUUUCUCACCGUAUGUAAGUCCCACUGGAAGUCCCAGAACAAACAGGAAGAGGCAGCCACUUAAGGAGUCCAGACGGGUUUCCAUUGAAAAGUCCGGAAUGUACCUACAACUCAAUCAAUAUAAGCUAAUGGACUCUAUAGGCCAGGGCUCUUACGGCAUUGUAAAACUGGCUUACAACGAAGAAGAUGACACUCAUUAUGCGAUGAAGAUUUUAUCGAAGAAGAAACUGUUGAAGAAGGCCGGAAUGUUCGGCAGGAUGCCGCCGAAAAAGGAAGGACGGCCCAAUUCCGACAUGAACCACCCGUUGCAGAGAGUAUAUCGGGAGAUAGCUAUUUUAAAAAAACUUGAUCACCCGAACGUCGUUAAACUAGUUGAAGUCCUCGAUGAUCCGGUUGAGGAUCAUCUCUAUCUGGUAUUUGAGCUGUUGGAAAGGGGGCAAGUGCUUGAAGUGCCCACCGAUAAACCCUUGACGCCGGAUCAAGCAUGGACAUAUUUCAGAGAUGUAAUUUUAGGAAUUGAAUACUUGCAUUACCAAAGGAUAAUUCACCGUGAUAUAAAGCCAGCAAACUUAUUACUAAGCGAAUCCGAUCGAGUCCAGAUAGCCGAUUUGGGCGUAUGCAACGAAUUCAACGGUUCUGACGCCUUUCUAUCCAGCACCGCCGGAACACCAGCCUUCACGGCCCCAGAGGCUCUAGGCGACAACAAAUCAUCAUUCAGCGGCAAAGCUGCAGACAUUUGGUCGAUGGGUAUAACACUCUACGCAUUGGUGUAUGGUCAAGUUCCGUUCUUUGACAACAACAUAAUAGGUUUAUACUCAAAGAUUCGUCACGAAACUGUAAAAUUCCCAGACGCGCCGCUGAUCCCCGAGAAACUCAAAGACUUGAUCAGACAGAUGCUGGUUAAGGAUCCGUCGAAUCGGAUCACACUGCCAGAAAUCAAGUUGCAUCCGUGGGUGACCAAAGACGGGCAAAGUCCAUUGCCCACUGAAGAAGAAAACUGCCAUUUGGUCGAAGUUACUGAAGAGGAAGUAGCCAAGGUGAUCACGUCGAUCCCGAAGCUAGACACGCUCAUCUUGAUUAAACAUAUGCUCAAGAAGCAUUCCUUCCAGAAUCCUUUUCUUCAUAGAAGAGAUACGCACAGAUCCAGUAAUGCAAGCGAAACGACUUCCACAAGACAGCACAUAGGUAGAUCUGGACGAUCUAAUUCGGCUCCUGGUUCCUAUGACUGGAUUUCAGAUAGACAGAUAUCCUUAGAUACACCACUGGAAUCCGUUACGGAAGUAACAAACGACCAAAAUGAUAGUAAAAUAGAGGUUGAAACAAAACGGUGAUAAUUAUUACCUGUAAAGAGUUUACUUAUUUUUUUUAAUUUUAAGUACAAUGUAGCUUGAGCGAUUAUCCUUUUUUAUACUCUUUUAAUAUUAUUUUUUUAAAUAAAAUGUUAAUUUUA